AUGGGAACCCAGGUAAGGGUGGGCAGACAGGCCACGCACUCAGAUGCAGGAGGCGGGGGAGAAGCCGGGCUGAGACAGAGCCCUGAGAUCCAGCAUCACAAAAUUCAUUCUGGAGAAAAACAUUAUGAGUGCGAUGAAUGUGGAAAGGCCUUCAACCAGAGCACAUACUUUAUUCAUCAUCACAGAACACACACUGGAGAGAAACCUUAUAAAUGCAAAGAAUGUGGGAAAGUUUUCAAUGACACUUCAUCCCUUACUAAGCAUCAGAGGAUUCAUACUGGAGAAAAACGCCAUGGACACAAUGAGUGUGGGAAAGCCUUUGGUCUUGUAAGACAUCAGAGAAUUCAUACUGGAGAGAAGACUUACAAAUAUAAAGAAUGCAAGAAAGCCUUCAGCUAG